CAUUGAUUACUUCCGCUUCCGGCGCCGACGCGGUCUAUCAAACAUGGCGGCGGCAGCUGUGCUCCAGGUGUCUCGGCUGCUAAGCCGGUCCUGCCCACAGCUGGGGCGGCCUAUGUCGAGUGGCGCUCAUGGCGAGGAGGGCUCAGCUCGCAUGUGGAAGGCCCUCACUUACUUCGUCGCGCUCCCGGGGGUGGGAGUGAGCAUGCUGAACGUCUUCCUGAAGUCGCACCACGAGGAGCACGAGAGACCCGAGUUCAUCGCCUACCCCCAUCUCCGCAUCAGGUCCAAGCCCUUCCCCUGGGGAGAUGGUAACCAUACUCUAUUCCAUAACCCUCAUGUGAAUCCGCUUCCGACUGGCUAUGAAGAUGAAUAAAGAGAACAUGGACCACUACCCAGGCACUGGGGACCACAACACUGGUUUGGACCAUUACUCUGCACGUGGACCAGAAAAGAGUACGGGACCUUAAGCUCACCUUCUUCACUUGUAGCAAAUGAUGACAAGUAUGCUGAUCUCCCAUCCUUUGCUUGCAGCAAGAGAUGGCUUAAAUAAAUAACAUAAACUUA